AUGAAUUUUGGAAGUUUAUUUCAAGAAUAUUGUUUUGUUGCGUCAAAUGAACAUGCAGCCGAAGUGAUUGGCACUAAUGGAUUCAAAAUCAAAGGAAUUGCAUUGAAAACAAAGACACAAAUAAAAUGUCCAAGUCCAAAUGAAGCUCCAAUAUUUUGCAUUGUUGGAAGUAAAAGAAACGUCGAAAAUGCAAAGCGAAUGAUCAACAUGUGGGCGAAUAAUUUUGAUGAAAUGAAGAAUAAGAAAAGAAAUAUUGUGUUGCACCCAGGAGAUGUGAUUGAAACUGCAAGAUUCAGCAGACUUGAUGUCGCUUGUAUCAUUGGCAAGAAAGGAAAACAAAUUCAAAAAAUUGCAAGCUUCACUCAGGUUAAAAUUAUUUCACCGGAUAUAAAUAAGGAACCGAUUUUCAUCAUAAGUGGUGGAGAAACAAACAUCAACAGAGCACUUUUCUGGAUGAAACUUACAGCAUUUUGUGCCAGUGGCUCGAUUUAUUUUGAUGAGAAUGAAAUAAAAAUCUUUGAAAAAUUAGUCAAAGGACUUGACAGUGAAAUGAUGAAAAUAACACAGAAAUUUAUAAGUGAGAAAAUAUUUCGAGCAAGAAUUCGUAACAAUCUUUUAUUGAAAAAUCUUGGAAAAACUAAAAAUGUCUAUGAAGAUCAAUGCAAUUAUGCAAGUUAUGAUCCAUACAGUUGUUGCUACUGCAAACAAAAGAAAUUUCGUGUGGCCAAAGCUUUAUGUGGUCACAUUCUUUCAUGCGAUCAUUGUAUUGUAGAUUUAUAUCAAAACAUUUACUUAAGAUGCUACUUUUGUAAGUUCAUAUGCAAAUUGUAUUAUAACUUUGAAAAGACCUCCAUUUCAUUCCUAGAAAGCUCCUUGAAGUUUUACAUAAAAAGAACUAUGGCUAAGGUAGAAUUAAUCAGAAAAUGUCAGAUAAGUCUCAAUUGCCCUACUAAAUUGUUAAUGAAAUGUGAAUUGUCAUGA